CUGUUUCUGCCUAUUCAGUUGAAGUGAAAGGGAGGGGUGGAAUUCUUCGCAGCCCAAGCAUUAAAAUCUGCUAUUGGACUUGGUUCUGUUCUUCCAUGGUUCUGUCGUCCCUUUCGGGGGUGUUGCUGUUACCUUGUGUGUCACAGGUUUUCAAGCCGAAGUUGGUCCCUGAGAAAGUAGAUGUGAUCGUUAUUGGCUCUGGCAUUGGUGGUUUGACCGCUGCAGUGGCAUUGUCGCGUGUUGGAAAGCGCGUUCUUGUGCUAGAGCAACACGGAAAAGCAGGUGGGUGUACACAUGUUUUCAGCAAAAACGGCUAUGUCUUUGACACGGGCUUGCACUAUCUCGGUGCAACCUUGAUGGAUGCUUCCGAUCCCUUCUCCAGGAUCUUUAAUGCAUGUCUUGGUUGGAAUGUGACGUGGGCAAAGAUGGACCCCAACUGUUACGAUAAAAUUGUAUUUGGCGAUGCUGAACCUUUUUCGUUUCGGGAAGGUAAGAGCGCCCUGGCUGGCGAGCUCAAUCGCCGCUUUCCUGCAGAUGCGGCAGCGGUGCGUCAGAUCCUGGGAUUGCAACGCAAGGUGGAGAUGGCCUUUGGAAAACUAGUACUGUGGAAAUUGCUUCCAGAAUGGCUGCGGUCGCGCUUCCCAUUUCUGGCACGCGCUCUUCUCUGCCCUGUUGCCAAUGUAGCAUCGAAAACAGCGUACGAGACGUUGCGGCAAUUCACGGACAAUGAGGAGCUCAUUGGCGUGCUCCUGUCGCAGUGGGCCAACUACAACCUCCCACCAAAGGAAUCGUCCUUCCUCCAGGCCUACGCUAUUCUAAUGCACUAUCUUUCUGGAGCGGUGUAUCCGUGCGGUGGUUCCAUAUCCCUGGCAAACGCGAUGGUGCCGAUUAUCGAAGGCGCAGGAGGCAAGGUGCUCACGAGAGUGGAGGUCCAGCAAGUGCUGGUCAAUCAGCGGUCGAAAACCGUCGAAGGAGUAAGGGUGAGGACGAGAAGUGGAGAGGUGAUGGAUGUUCCAUGCCCUACUGUCGUCUCCUCAGCAGGCGCAUUGGUAACUUUCAAAAGGUUUCUGUCUGAUGUGGACUCGGGUGGCGAGAUCGCAAAGAGAGUAGAGUUGUUGGAGCGUAAGGUCGGCAUGUCACGGAGCAUGUUCAGUCUGUUCUUGGGGUUAAAGGGUAGCAGCGAGGACUUAGGCUUGCCUUCGGGGAACUUGUGGUUCCAUCCCUCGUACCAGUUUGAUAGACGCAUCCGGCUCGAACGGAGGCCGCAGAGUCAUGUGGGAGUACAAGGUGGUGAUAACGAGGGCAAGAGGUCGAACAGUCAAGGUGAAGACGAGAAGGUCGAUGCUGCUUCUGCGCAUUACACGGUGGCAAAGGAGUUGUCGUGGUGUAUUGUGGAUACGAAAGGACUGCCGGAGGAAGAACGAAGAUCGCUGCAAAGUGCCAACGGCGUCAACAGCAGGCACGGUCUAGACUCUGAGGAAGUAAAACUCGUAAAAGAGCCGGAGAGAAGCAACGAGGGAAACUUUGAGAUAGAUUGCCUAUUUAUAUCAUUUCCGUCGGUGAAGGACCCGGAGUCCGAAGUACAACAUCCGGGCGGCUCGACGUGUUGUGUCCUUGCCCCUACCGACUACAGCCAAUUUCAGAAAUGGGCGGGUUCUGUCAAAGGGAAAAGGGGAACCGAUUACGAGGACAUAAAGAAGGACCUGGCCACAUUGCUCACGGCGAUGGUGCUGGAGCGAUUUCCUCAGCUUGAGGGCAAGGUUGACUACGUCGAUCUUGGGACCCCGUUGACGAUUGAGCACUACUUAAAGUCUCUUCAGGGAGCCCCCUAUGGACUGGCUUUCUCCCCAGUGAGGUUCGCUCCAGAGGUCCAGCAGAUCCUCUGUCCCGAGACCCCCAUUAAGGGGUUGUACCUUGCUGGCCAAGAUACAAUGGUCAAUGGGAUAGCAGGUGCGCACCUGGGUGGCUUGUUGGCGGCCGCUGCAAUCUCGAAAUGGUGUUUGCUGGACCUGUUUUGGGAGGCCGCAGGGUGGACUCGGAAACCGAAGAAUGACGAGUGAUGAGGACGGAAACCGAAGGAUCGUGAAUGAUAAUGAAGAGACGUAACUGCGGAUAAAUGACCUAUGGAUGUGGUCGUUUUCGGCAAUGUGAUGAUAAUGAAGAGACGUAACUGCGGAUAAAUGACCGAUGGAUGUGGUCGCUUUCGGUGAUGCCAAUGGUGCAGGAGCACACUUACUGUGGUGGCCGGACUCGGUACAUACUGACCCUAGGACUUUGUCACCGAUUCCUGGACGUAAUUUCGGUCAGAUAUUCAAUUAGGGCGGUGCUUAUGGCCAGAUUCAUAUAAAAUUGUGCUAGUGUGAGUAUGCUCUGACUGAUGAAUCCAGAUGCUAAACAGCAAUCAGUGAUAAAGAAGGAAGGGGAAGGAAAUUAAUGUGGGGUGAAUGAAUUGUUGUUCUGUGUUUUUGCCCCUUUGGGGUGAGGUGCCAUGUCCUCAAUGUGAUGUUGAGGAGGAGAGGUUUGGAGCCUUAGAGAAGUGGUAGGGCAAGCGCCACAUGCCAACAUUGCAUAUCUCCCCCCCUACCGCCCAUCCCCCCAAUACCCCUAUAAACAUUUGCUACUUUAUAAAUUCCCUCAUCCAGGCCGUCGGCAGAUACUACCAUGCCACCAGCCACUAAUCAGAGAAGUUUUGAAGAUUUGCUGCCAAAUUAAGCCCUUUGUGGCCGCAUAGGAAAUUGGGUGGAAGAUGCUGCCAUGCGCAAACUGGCGAGAGAGAACGCCGGCCUGUCAAAAUGAAGGGCAACCGCCCAAUCCUUCAUGGCGCCAUGUUGAAAAAGUGCAUGAUGGCCCUGUGUUUGUGUGUGAGUGUAGAGAGAGAGAGAGAGAGAGAGAGAGAGAGAGAGAGAGAGAGAGAGAGAGAGAGAGAGAGAGAGAGAGAGAGAGAGAGAGAGAGAGAGAGAGAGAGAGAGAGAGAGAGAGAGAGAGAGAGAGGGAGAGAGAAGGGAGGGGUGGGUGGGGGAAAUGUUAUGUUGUGCUUUUUUCCUUCCUUUCUAUUCCUGUUUAUGCUAAGGAGGAGGAGGGAGUGGUGGAAGAGCAGUGGGAGACAGGUGGAAGAGAAAAGAGGUAGAAUGUUCAAGGAGAAUACUCAGAGUAGUAGAAUAGCUGGUCAUUACAAGGCUCACCAACUCCACUUGCUUUCUCUUACCUGGGGUGUCGGUGGAUCAAGUGACCAGUUUCCCUUGUGGACUUCCAGGCAACCUCAGGACACGAAGUGGUCCAAGCCAAAGGCCUGCCUUUAGUGAGUCCACGCGAUAAAGGCGAGACAUUGGAUCUCGUACUUUCUUACUAAUUAUGCCUUGUAGUAGAAAAAAGAGUUGAUAGAGAACAUUCUUAGUUGACUAUGAUUUUUUUUUUGGCUUUUCCGAAGACGCUUAGGAAGGAAUUUGUCCGAACUCAGUGUGGAUUGUCGGCGUGUUCAGACAUGUAGAGGCGACCGACCACUGCUGCCUGAGUGAUGAGAUCCGGGUUUGGACCAGGUUUGACUGUCAGCAGGAGUUGAUCGGUUCCGGUACGCAACGAAGUCGGCAGGAUACUGGACUCGGUCACAACGGGUCCUUGGGCCAGCGGUUGCGCUGGAGGAACCUAGAUGGGAAGCGAUGUGAUGGAAACGUCCGGCCCAGUCCGGGUAUGCAUAGGAUAGGCAUAGUGCCAUAGGGCAUUCUUAGCAUCUCGGAUCCCCCUGACAAAGCUGCGUCUGACGGUGGCCGAAACUAGUAGGGGACUGCCAGUCGCUCAGCUCUUUGGUGUAUCGCUCCUAUUUGGCGACAAGGGUGGGGCGUUAGCCAUAGUCACGGGGCUAGGCUGUAGUACUGAUAGGGCGCUUGGCGCCAUUCACAAGAGAGAGCUACAUUUGGGUUAUGCUGUUGGUGUUGCCCUGUUGGGCAUGGACAUUGACUCAUGAUUCUUCUGUAUCAUUCUCAAUUAGAUGGUUACUUGGUUCCACUGUGCUAUCUGCUUUGGCUUGGACUACUUGGACUUCAGUGUGAUUUUGCAUUCUGGAUUUAUGUGCCUGGCUGCUCUAUUUUUUAUCUCUCUUUCCCUAUCGGUUGCCUUUUUCAGGUCCUCCUCUAACUUCUGGCGGAGCCUCUCGACCUGUUGGAUCUCCCUGAGCUCCCUCUCACGUGGGGUCAACGGGCUAAACUGCGAGCCCGCCAUUUGACUAGAAGACUGUCUAGAACCUGUUGAACCGGAAGUGCCCGUGGAACUAGUGGAACUUAGUGGCAUUCCCAAAUGAGUCUCAUUAGUCCCUACCUGCGUCGCCCAUACCCGGCCUUUAUAACUACACCAUCUAGCCAUUGCGAGCAAGGCCGGCACGCUGCUGCGUUGCAUGCAUGCUGCGCUGCGCUAAGGCUGAGGGACGCAGGCUAGCGCUAGGCAGUAGGGCGCUGCCUGCAUACAGGGCGCUGGCGGCCAUAGCCGGGGGGCCUGAGGGUGCACGCGCGCGCGCGCGCGCGCGUGAGAGAGAGAGAGAGAGAGAGAGAGAGAGAGAGAGAGAGAGAGAGAGAGAGUUUUCCAUCCAUAGGAUGAGCAGAAUGAGAAUGAAUCUGUCAUUAGAAC